AUGAAGAUACUCGUUCUCGGUCUGCCACGCACAGGGACCCAAUCCCUCGCCGAUGCUCUUGCCAUCCUGGGCAUCUCCUCCGUCUACCACAUGCGCGACGUAGCCAGGAACAAGCACCAGGAUCUCUGGGUCGAGGCCAUUGAGGCGAAAUUCGAAGGCAAAGGCGAUCCUUGGUGCCGGGAGGACUUUGAUAAGAUCCUAGCCGACUAUGAGGGCGUCGCGGACUACCCAGCCGCCAUAUUCUCCGAGGAGCUCAUCGCCGCAUACCCCGAAGCUUCCAUCAUCUUAACGACUCGUACCGUCGACUCAUGGCACGCCUCCAUGCUCUCCACCCUCUGGCACCAUCACUCCCGCCAGCCAGCGGACGACCCGUCACCCAUGGCCGUCUUGCGGCGCAAGUAUCACUCUCACUCGUGGAAUGAUGACCUGCCGGCUCAUGGAAAGCGCUUUUUCGAAGAGCAUAACGAGCGGACUAGGAAGGCAGCGGAAGCGGCCGUGGCAGAGAGUAGAGGUGCUGGGGGUGACAGGAAGUUCUUGGAGCUUCCUGUUGGGGCUGGGUGGAGUUCUCUAUGCGAGUUCUUGAGUGUGCCUGUGCCUGAGGUCGCGUAUCCGCGCAGUGACGAUUGGGUCGAGUAUAAGGCGGCGGUGGCAAAGGAGGCGGCGGCAGGGCUGGUGUAG